UCUAUUUGUUGAUCUAAAGAAGGAAAAAAAAUUUUUUCAAUUAACACGUGAAAUCUUGUUAAUCAUUUAUCGUUAAUUGUGAUUGAUUUUAUCAUAGAUUUUUACUAAUUAUGCCACCAGUAAAGUGUAUUGUGUCGAACAUUGCUUGGACCGUUGGUCGAGUUCAGCUUCGUGAAUAUUUUUCCCGAUUUGGUUCAUUGGCUGAAGUUUCAGUUAAAUUUAACAGAGAAACAGGAUUAUCUGAGAAAUUUGGUUUCAUCACUUUCAUCGAUAAACAAUCGUUUCUUUCUGCCGUAAAUCAAUCAAAUGAACAUUUUCUUGAAGGAUCAAUGAUGAGACUAAAACCAAUGCGAGAAUCAUCAUGAAAUGUGAAAACCCACCAAAGAAACAAAUUAAAUGAAAUCAUGUAGAAGAUUGAAAUCAUUGUACAUUUUAAUGUCAACUUUUUUUUCAUUAGAAAUUGAUAAUAAAAAGCUAAUUUAAAUGUAAAAAGUGUCUAAAAAUUA